GGAUUCUUGCUACUUUCCUACUGCCUCUCUCCAUCGGGGAAGACUGGGACUUAUCAUUGGAACUGCGCGCUUCGCGGUAGUACUUUACUGUGGAUUUUAAAUUCACCACCUGCGUUUUCAAAACAGCCCGUUCGCUCGAGACAAACUACCAAUAGAAUCGACAUGAACAGUCCGGUGUGCUGGGUUAUCCUGAUCGGGAUGGCUAUUCUGCUGCUUCAACAAGGAUUACCAGUCCAUAGCCAAGGGGAUUCUCAAUCUGACAACACAAUGAUGGACAACAUUACCGUCAGGCAAGGUGAAACGGUUGUUCUCAGGUGUUUGCAGGGCAACUCUGUGACGCACACAGCCUGGCUGAACCGCUCCAGCAUCCUGUACGCCGGAGAAGAGAAGUGGUCAGUCGACCCCAGAGUGAGUCUGCUGGCACUGAACCAGGAGGAAUUCACCAUACAGAUCGAGGACAUGGAUACGUCUGAUGAGGGCCUGUACACGUGCGCAGUGCAGACGCGAACCAGGCCCAGAACCACAGCGGUGCACAUUAUUGUCCUGGUGUCACCGAAAAUCAUAAAUUUGGCAAAGAACAUAACUGUGAAUGAAGGUUCGAAUGUCACUCUCUUGUGCUCUGCAAAUGGAAAGCCAGAACCCACGGUCACUUGGAGAUUUCUGUCACCAGCCGACCAGGUUGCCGUCUCAGAGGACGAGUAUCUGGAAAUCCCGGCGAUCACUCGGCAGAAAGCAGGAAGUUACGAGUGCACCGCGUCCAAUGAGGUGUCCACAGAUGUGCAGACCACAGAACUAAUCGUCAACUACCCACCAGCUGUUUCAGAAGGUAAAGACAUCGGCGUUGCUCUGGGUCAGAGAGCCAUCCUCCUGUGUGAGGCAGAUUCUCAGCCUGCCGCCGAGUUUGAGUGGUACAAAGAGGAGAAAAGGAUCACCGAUGAGGUUGAAGGUAUUGAGAUCGAGAACACUGCAGAAUAUUCAAAGUUGAUCCUUUUCAACAUCUCAGAAGAUGGUUAUGGAAACUACACUUGUGUCUCCAUCAACAAACUUGGCAGUGCAAAUACAAGCAUUGUUGUGUAUGAAGUAAUUGAGCCCACUAGCUCGACACUGUUGCAAGAAAAGACAACAUUUCUCAUGGCAUCAACAUAUUAUCCAAUACUGAAAGGGCCCGGAGCAGUGCAGGAUGGGAAUAGCAGUGCCGUGGGAACGUACACCUCAGCCUGUCUACUCCUUGUGAUGUGUCUUCAGCUCCUGCUCAGGUUUUGAUACAAAAUGGCGAUCUGGAGGGCAGCUGGACAUCCACAUGCUUUUAUAAUUUUUUUCUCUCUGGCUUUCUCCCUCUCACGUCUCUCUCCUGGCACAACAGACUGUUGUACAUUAUGUGCAUGGGGGCAACCAUUACAGUACAUGUCAUUUCCAAUCUCUAAAUGUUCUCAAACUUAAUGUUUUUAAUUAUU